AAAAUUUAUUCACUUUGACUCCGCUGGUUGCGUCAAAAGACAGCCCGUUUCGCUUUCUUUCAUCCCUUUUAGUCAUGAGCGAAAAGACAUUCGAAAAGGGCGUUUCUGCCCCCACCACCGAACUCGACGGCUCCAAGCUUCGUAUCGCCAUUGUUCACACUCGCUGGAACUAUGCUCUCGUCGAUAAGCUUUACUCGGUCGUGCACGAGACAUUGAUUAAAAAGUACAAGGUCUUACCGGAGAACAUCACUACCGAUACGGUCUCUGGCUCGUACGAGCUUCCUAUGGCCGCCAAACAACUCAUUGAGCUUUCCCAAGUCCAGGCCGCUGACACCGCCAGUGACCUUUUGGGCUCGCCGGCACCGACCCAGGAAAAAUCAUCCGGCAAGAAAACCGGACCUUUCGAUGCCGUGAUUUGCCUUGGUUUGGUGAUCAAGGGAGGUACCGCUCACUUUGAAUACAUUUGCGAUGCUGUGACCCACGGUAUUAUGAAGGUCCAAUUGGAUACCGGCGUCCCCGUUAUUUUUGGUGUCUUGACAUGCUACAACGACGAACAAGCCAUUGCCAGGGCAAGCACUGAAGAUGGCUUCCAUCAUGCCGAAGAAUGGGCCGCUGCCGCCGUGGAAUCCGGCUUGAGAAAAUUCAAAAAAUUGUAAAAAGGGGAUUGAUGUCUCUGUUUUCUUUUUCAAAGUAUAAAGUUCAUAAGACCACGGCAUGUCAGCUACAUCAAUGAUAGAGAUUAUUUUUCAGCUCUCAAGCUCUUUUUUUAUGACCAUCAUUGCCAUUUGCUGGAUGCGGAUAUUUCAUUAUCAGGAAAUGUAACGGGGAAUGUGGGUCGGGCGUGGUUUCUUGCUUGAUAUUACGGGACUUACUCAUAUAGCAAGCAAACGCGUUAAAACUCCCAAGCGCCAUUAUGAUCGAUUAGAAUGUUACAAAGCCCAUUUCGAGACAAGUGGAUAAAGCCAG